UUCUCAAUUGCCCACGGACUUUUGGUUAAAACGGACGUCUCUUUUUGAGUGCCGGCACUCAGUCGGCGGAACGCAAAAUAGCUCGAAAGCCUGUGCGAACGCGGGAAAAUUCCUUUUUGUGAUUAAGGAUCAAGUGCUUAGUGGGUUAAUAUACUACAGUGCGGUUCUUGUUUGUUUUCAAUUAUAUACAAGACGUUUAGUGCAAUUUAUUGCACUGCAGAUGCUGCAAAUUAAACUAAACACACACACACACAUCGGUAAAACAACUGUUACGCCCACGCAGCACUAAAAACAAAAGUAACGGGGAGAGAACUAAAGCCGGAGCAACAAUUUUCCACCCACAAGUGGGCAAAAAACUGUUUCUAAAAAUACCUUUGGGAUUGAACACCGUCCCAAAAUGGCUUGCACAUGCGAAGUAAUUGGCCUUGCCUGCGUGGUCGCUCUCAUACUAAGUGCUUCUGCCAAAGCUCCUUAUCAGAUGCGCAUGGUCCUAAUAUUCUUUGGAGCGGGUGCAGUAGUCCUUAUUUGUGUUCCAUUUAUGAUUCUGCGACCGAGAGACUAUCGAAAUGCGCUCAUCCCAUCUUGGUUCUUCCGGCAGCUGUGUAGUCUGAUGGGCAUAACCAUGGAGGUUCGUGGCUUGGAGAAUGUGCGUAAGGACCACGGAGCUGUGGUGAUCAUGAACCACCAGAGUGCGGUGGAUCUGUUGGUUUUGGCAUACCUGUGGCCGGUAAUCGGUCGGGCGACGGUCGUAUCUAAAAAGGAGGUCCUCUACAUUCCGUUCUUCGGCAUCGGAGCGUGGCUCUGGGGAACUCUGUACAUUAACAGGUCCCGCAAGACCGACAGCAUCCACUCACUGCAAAAGGAGGCAAAAGCGAUACAGGAACGCAAUUGCAAAUUGCUACUCUUCCCGGAGGGCACACGCAACACCAAAGACUCGCUGCUUCCCUUUAAGAAGGGCUCCUUCCACAUCGCACUUCAGGGCAAAAGUCCUAUCCAGCCGGUGGUCAUAUCGAAGUACUCAUUUAUGGACGACGAGAAGAAGACCUUCCGGCCGGGCCACGCCAUUAUCCACAUCCUUCCCGAGGUGCCCACCGAUAACUAUGAAAAGGAAAACGUCCAGCAGCUGAUUGACGAGUGCUACUCCAUCAUGCAAACCGAAUACACAAAGCUGAGCAAAGAAGGCCUGGCCUUGAGCGCUAAGAAACAGGCAUAGAACUGUAUAGGAUACGAUUUAACUCAGGUUACAUGGAAAUAACACCCAGAUAUACACAAGUUCCUGCUUGGGAGAUUUAAAUUAUAUUUGAUCUACAAGAUUUGUCUAAACCUGAAUGAGAGGAAUCAAAAGCAACGGAAUCCGGAUUUGGGAGGGACGUGGAACCAAUUGCCUAGUAUUAAGUUACACAAUAUCAUUCUAUGGGUGUGUUUUCGAUUAAUAUUAACUGUUUUACCUCCAGUACAUGCAUGUGUAUGCCUAGAGCUUUUUAUGACAAAACCAAAAUCAAAACCAACUUUUACAAAAGGAAAAACACAUUUGCUAAUAAUAUAAUGGCUUAUAUGGCUUAUAUGGCUUACAUGGCUUAUAUGUGAAUAAUGAAAUGAGACCUAUUUAAUAAAAAGUUCCCAAUGAACAAUAAAACAGAA